ACAACGGGCAGAACAGAGAUGGAGGACGGCAGACGGUCUCCCUCCCUGCAUCUUGACCUGACUAAUUUCGAGGACUGUGGUGACAGCCGGUAUGUACUCACCAGCCCCCGUUCCCUGGAAGCCUGUGCUCGGCUGGGAGUGCGGCCUGUGGAUUUGCUCUACAAGUCCUAUGGAGAGGUCAGGGAGGAGAAACCAGGGGCUUCCAGUCAGGAGGUCAGUGAGAUGUAUGAAGCCCAUGAGAUGGAGAGGCUGAGGAAGGUGAGGCGGUGCAGGGAGCUAAGGAAGACAUUGCUGGAUAGUGACUGUAACCCUGGAGGUCCCCGCUUCAACCUCCAGGACCAUGCUAGGUCCUCCACUGCUUCUCAGAAGCCCUGGAACCACCGACACACCGCAAUCUUCCAAGAUCCCUGGGAAUACUUGGACAUCACAACAUCCCCAAACCGUGCUACUUCUCCAAACCGUGGGGUCUCAGCAACCAAGGGCCACAGAGGUGAAGGAGAGGUGCUACGAAGAACCCUAAGUCAUGGAAACCUGAUUCGGCCAGAAGUACAAAUCCACCAUCUUACCCGUAAGGUGGAAAAAGAAAUCAAGGUGUCCCUGCCCGAUAGGGAUAAGAAGAUUGCAGCUCUGAUGUUACUCAAGCACCAAGAGGAGGAAAUGUCCAAGCAGAGGAAAUUGCAGGCCCAACAAGCCUGGGAAGAUCUCCGCAGCAAGGAGAAGGUAAUCCGAGAAGCUCUGAGCAAGCACAACUGGACUGACCGAGCCCAAAACCGUAGACAAAGCCCUAAAAGCUCCAAAUUUGAGUGGCAACUUGAUGCCGUCCGUCAUCUGACGGCUCAGAAUAACAAAGAGUUGAAGACAUUGACUCCUGAGCAGAGGAUGCUUUUUAACAAUGGCAUGAAGAAGGUCCAAGAAAAUCUACAGUCCAAGAGCCAAUUCCAAGACUUGAUGUCAAAAAGCCCCAGAGAUGUGGGUGGUCGUCUUCUAGAGGAACGUAUGCUGCAAGCCAUCAAGGCCAAGAUGAUCAAAGAUGUUCAGAACAAGAAAAACAUCCAAAACAAGAACGAAUAUGAGAAGCUAAGACAUUCCAGGCUCAAGGAGGAGGUGGACCACCAUGUCAAAGCUGAGGAGCGCUCCAAGAUGAUCUCCAUGCAACAGAAGGAGCACAGGUUCCAGGAGACUUAUGAGCAGAUCCAUGAGGAACGUCUUAAGGAAAUACAAGAGAAAGCUUCUAGGGAAGAGGAGAUGACCAUAAUGGCAAAAAUCCGAGCAGAACAACAGGAGAAAGAGCAAAUUAGACACAAGAAAAUGCUAGUUCAAGUAAGCAAUCAAAAAAUUCUUCAGGCAAAAGACUCUUUGGGAAAAAGUCUGCAGAGUAAAGCAGAGCGGACGCGAGAACUCAACUUCAUCAAGGAGAAAGCCCACCAACUCUUAAAACAAAAGCUCCAGGAAGAAGAAGAAAACUACCGGAAACACGUAGCACAUCUUAUCAGAGUCAAAGAUCGGAAAAGUGACAAGGUCCUCAAGGAGAAAGAAGCCACCAUCGAGGUGGGGAAGAAGAUCGCCAGGGCUUCCUUUCACAUCCGAGAUAAAAUCAGAGAACAGACCAAGAGCAGAACGUUCGACCAGAUGGCCCUGCAGGCCCAACUAAGUGCAAGCUUUAUGAAAACCAUCCCUUGAAGGAAAAGACCACCAUGGGAUGCAAUAAAUGGCAGAUGAGAUCAUGUGCGGUAAUGAUGGUUAUGACGUGUUUAUUAGAAUAGCAGACUAUAUGGAGCCGGUUAGAGCUCCCGAGAAGUAGCCAAGUCCAGAUUCAGAGAACUUCUCUACACAUGGAAGAACAAAACAGCUUUUUGGACUCAGUGUCAAAAGUUUAGGUAUAUCCUGACUUCUAGUGAAGAACCGGCCAAAUACAUGUCAGUAAAUGGCUUUUUGGGGACUGUACGAUAUAUGGCCUUCUCUGAUCUGAGGGGAUCCCUAGGUUUGGACUCCCAACCGUUCACACAUUGAAAGCCAUCAAUCUUAGACAUGUAUGUUUUUGCCGCUGAUCCAGCAAAGGAUCACCAAAACGCAUCCGAUAAAUAAUACAACGCUCUGCAUCCGUUCAGAACGGAUCCGGUUGUAUUAUCUCUAAAAUGAACAGU